CCACGUCAGCGUGGUUCAGUUGAGUGAGUCAUUCUGUGAGAAGUGCUGCCUUUCUCCACUUUAAUCACGUUUCUUCCUCCAUUCUUAAAAUUCAUCGCAUGGAAUACAUUGUUGAAGGGGAGGGGGCGAACUGGUGACUCUCACCCUUUGAAUGAGCGAUAGACGCCGGCGGCGGCGUCUCCUUGGAGAGGCUUGCGCGCGCUUGCAAUGGGAGCUGCCUAUAAAAAGUGCCGUCAGCGCCCGCGAGCUCAUUCAGGUGCCAGGCGGGAAUAUAGGUUUCAUACAACGUGACGCAAAGAUCGUUGAACACCAAUUUCUUUGGACCAGCUAGCUUUUUAAAUAAGAUUGAGGGAUGAUGGUGGUCUAAGGAGCACCAUGCAGGGGAACAACAGCUCAGUGGCCGGGUGGGGCCUGGUCUCUGGGGUGGGGCCUGGGGCCGGAGUGUGCGGCGUGGCCCUGGAGGAGGGCUUGGAGCUGGGCAACCUGUCGCUGCGCUGCUGGCUCCAGCUGCUCUCCCAGGAGGGGUCCCCGGAGCUGCACGGCGACAGCUCCAGCCUGGCGGUGCGGGUGGUGGUGGCCGUGGUCUACCUGGUGGUGUGCGCCCUGGGCCUGGUGGGCAACCUGCUGGCGCUCUACCUGCUGCGCUCGCGCCACCGCCUCAAGCACUCGUCCAUCAACUGCUUCGUCAUGGGCCUGGCCGUCACUGACCUCCAGUUCGUGCUGAUGCUGCCCUUCUGGGCGGUGGACACGGCGCUGGACUUCCGCUGGCCCUUCGGCUGGGUCAUGUGCAAGAUCGUGAGCUCCGUGACCACGCUGAACAUGUACGCCAGCGUGCUCUUCCUGACCGCCAUGAGCGUGGCGCGCUACUGCUCGCUGGCCUCCGCCCUCAAGAUGAACUCCCCCAGGGCGGCCGUCACCGAGGUCAGGUGGGCCAGCGCCGGCAUCUGGGUGGUGUCUCUGAUCGCCACUCUGCCGCACGCCGUCUACUCCACCACCGCACAGGUGUCUGAUGAUGAGCUGUGUCUGGUGCGGUUCCCUGAGUCGGGUCGCUGGGACCCUCAGCUGUUGCUGGGCCUCUACCAGACCCAGAAGGUCCUGCUGGGCUUCGUGUUCCCGCUGAUCGUCAUCACAUGCUGCUACCUGCUGCUGCUCCGCGUCCUGCUUCGGCGCCGCGUGGCCGGCCAGCCACCGGGGGGCGGCGGCGAGGCCUCGGGGGUCAGCGUCCAGCGCCGGCGCCGCCGCUCCCGCGUGACCCGCUCCGUCAUGGUGGUGGUGCUCUCCUUCUUCCUGUGCUGGCUGCCCAAUCAGGCGCUGACGCUGUGGGGCGUGCUCAUCAAGUUCGACCUGGUGCCCUUCAGCAAGGCCUUCUACAACGCCCAGGCCUACGCCUUCCCGCUGACCGUGUGCCUGGCGCACGCCAACAGCUGCCUCAACCCCGUGCUCUACUGCCUGGUGCGCCAGGAGUACCGGGCCGGCCUCAAGGAGCUGCUGCUGCGGGCCACGCCCUCCGUGCGCAGCCUGGCCAAUCUGGUGCUGCGCAGGGGCAAGGGAGCGGACGAGGCUCCGCCCAAACUCACGAGGAAAGGGGCCGUGGCGCCGCAUCAGGACACGCCCACGCUGGCCGUGGUGAAGGUGGACAAUGGCAUGUGAUUGGAUGGACUGGCGCUGGGCAAAAUGGACGGAAGUAUGUGAUUGGACAGGCCACUAGUGGUGAAAGUGGACGUCGGCACGUGAUUGGACAGGCCACUAGUGAUGAAAGUGGACAUUGGCAUGUGAUUGGACAGGCCACUAGUGGUGAAAGUGGACGUUGGCAAGUGAUUGGACAGGCCACUAGUGGUGAAAGUGGACAUUGGCACAUGAUUGGACAGACUGUCUUUGGUAAAAGUGAAUGUGAUUGGACAGGGUAACAGUAUAAAUUAUGACAUAUUUUCCACUAUGUCCAUCAACACUUUUCCUGCCCAGAGAUCUGAUUUUAGCUGGGAAAGAAUAAGAACACAGACACCAGACAAAGAAACAAACAAAUAAACCACUCACAAUGAUGGUUGGAACAGAACAUGCUGGUUAAACAUCUUUUCUCUUAGAGAAGGACCCUGAACAUGGUUGGGAGACUUUCUUUUCUUUCAAUUUCAUUUUAUUUUAUUUUAUUUUAUUUUAUUUUAUUUUAUUGAAAUGGUGUCAAGGCGCUUUACAUAACACAGAGCCUGAACCCCUUAGAGCAAGGACUAAGGCGACAGUGGUAAGGAAAAUCUCCCCUUUAACAGGAAGAAACCUUGAGCAGAACCCAGCUCAUCAGGAGGGGCCCAUCAGGCUGGGUAGAGAGAUAGAAAGAGAGGGAGGCUGAAGGGAGGAGAGGAGAAGGGAGGAGAGGAGAGGAGAAAUGAG